CACUAGAAAAAAACAAAAACAAAAAAACAUUACUGGUGUCCAUCUUGAGACAAAACAAGGCUCUAACAUAUUUUAAGAUAUGUCAGUGCAAGUUACUUUCAGUUAAAACAGCUCAAACAUGCAUUUUAGUCUAGGACUAGCUUAAGCAUUGUCUGUGAAACCGGGGGUAUAUCUAGCUAUAAAGUAGAAAGUAAUAUAGCGAUUGAACCUAGUUAGUUUUAAGGAAUUGGCUAUAUGUUAAAACGGCUUGCCGUAGGAGGUUGACUCCGUCUAGUGGUCGUCAUAUUGGGGGAGGAGCUUGUGUUGUGACAAGAGCGACUGCUGCUUCUUCUGAGUUUGUCAGCCCAGCUCCCGAAAAUAGAAGCCGUGUGUCAAUGUGACUGAAAAUACAUUUAUGUCACAGUGUAUCCACGGGAGUCACUGAUACACAGUAUCUAUAUACAGCGAGGGGGACCGCGAAGAAAAAAAGGGCAUUUUACCCGAGGAGGAGAAAGCACCAGGAAGCUCCAAGUAGAGAGAAGCACUGAAAGCAAAAGAAGAAAGAACAUAAAUAAGACUUGAGCUGGAUAUUUUGGGUCCAGGACUGAGGAUUGUGCUGCUUCGUUUGUUAGGAUCGUGGUGUGGACACCUCAGUUAAAAGAUACAGACAGAAAGAGAGUGAGAGAGAAAGACUCGAGAAGAAAGAGUGGAGUACAAUGUGCUAGGGGAGUGAAGGCAGACAAACUCGUGUUUUUCUGAUAUUCUUGGGGUGUCAGAGAGACCAAGCAGGACGCCAAGAUGGGACGGAAGAAGAUACAGAUCACGCGGAUCAUGGAUGAGAGGAACCGGCAGGUUACCUUCACAAAGCGGAAGUUUGGUUUGAUGAAGAAAGCUUAUGAGCUGAGCGUGUUGUGUGACUGUGAGAUCGCCCUGAUUAUAUUCAACAGCUCGAACAAACUCUUUCAGUAUGCCAGCACUGACAUGGACAAAGUCCUACUUAAGUACACAGAAUACAACGAACCCCAUGAGAGCAGAACCAACUCUGACAUUGUAGAGGCGCUUAACAAGAAAGAACACAGAGGCUGUGAUAGCCCGGAUCCUGACGCCUCAUAUGUCCUCACCCCUCACACAGAAGAAAAAUAUAAAAAAAUUAAUGAAGAGUUUGAUAAUAUGAUGCGAAAUCAUAAAAUCCCGACGGCCUUGCCCCCGCAGAACUUCUCCAUGCAUGUGGCUGUGCCAGUGACGAACCCCAACGCCAUGUCCUACAACCCCGGGGCCUCUCUGAGCAGCCAGAGCCUGUCGGCCGCCACUGCCUCUCUGAGUGACGGUGCCAUGCUGUCUCCUCCUCAGGGUUCCCUGCACAGAAACGUAGUGUCUGCCGGGCCCCCACAGAGGCCCCCCAGCACAGGCAGCGCAGCAGGAAACGGCUUUGUUAACCCGAGGGGCUCGCCGGGGCUUCUGGGUACACCCAGCGGGAACGGACUGGGUAAAGUCAUGCCUGCGAAGUCACCGCCGCCACCGGGGGGCAACAUGGGCAUCGGUAGCCGCAAACCAGACUUGAGAGUCGUCAUCCCCCCAUCCAGCAAGGGCAUGAUGCCACCCCUGUCGGAAGAGGAAGAGAUGGAGUUGAACACUCAGAGGAUAAGCAGCUCCCAGUCGACCCAGCCUCUGGCCACACCGGUGGUCUCCGUCACCACCCCGAGUCUGCCACCACAAGGCCUGGUCUACUCAGGCAUGCCCACUGCCUACAACUCUGAAUACUCCCUGAGCAGUGCUGAGCUCUCCUCUCUGCAAGGCUUUGGCUCUCCAGGGCUCUCUAUAGGCUCAAUGUCGGCAUGGCAACAACAUCAACUGGGCCAGGCAGCUCUCAGCUCGCUGGUAGGUGGCCACUUACCUCAGGGCUCAAAUCUCUCCAUCAACACCAGCCAGAAUGUCAACAUUAAAUCCGAGCCCAUCUCUCCUCCACGUGAGCGCGUCACCCCGUCCGGCUUCGCGCCCCAGCAGCAGCAGCAGCCUCCCUCCGGCCGUCCAGACAUGGGCCGCUCGCCCGUCGACAGCCUCAGCUCCUCCUGCUCCUCCUACGAUGGAAGCGACCGAGAGGAUCACCGGCCCGAUUUCCACUCACCGCUCGGCCUGGGUCGACCCCCAGCCUCUGGGGCCGAAGAGAGGGAGAGCCCCACGGUCAAGCGCAUGCGCAUGGACACCUGGGUGACAUAAAGCUGUCCGGAGCUUGACAGCCAGUCAGUCACACGCAGGGCUGGGCAGGGGGAAAGGGAGAGAGGAGUGACAGCAGGGAGGGUCAUUAUUGUUAUUAUUCUAUUGUUAUAAUUUAAUGUCAUUUCACUUUUUUUGUAAGUAGGUGGACGGGGAAAGAAAUCGAAAAUGUCCUGACAUAUCGAAAUUAAACAGAUGAGUGGAGAGAGAGAGAGAGAGAGAGAGAAAUUCUCAAGUCGAGCAGUCAGAAUGAAUGGUGUACUCAAAAAACAGGUGUUAUCAGGUACUUGAUGCAAAUUGCAUUGUGCGAGAGUCCAAUGUAUGAAGAAAACAUUUUCGAUAAUUGUCGUCACUGGUGCAGUUUGACACUUGUAGCUGUUUUCGCUGUUGAAUUUGCAUACAAUCAAAGAAAGUUUAGGGGCGGCUUUCUGCCCGAAGGCUCCUGCCUGCUGGGCUCAUGUAUUAAACAAUCUGUAUCUGCACUCGCCCUUAUAUGAAGUAUGUCACUUAUUAAUUUAUUCAAAGGUAUUUGAUGAUAGAUUCGGAUCAGUUUUAUGAGGGAAGGCUUGUAUCUAAAAAAAAAAACAGAUCACAUUUCACCUCAGUUAAGACAUUAUGUUAAAGAAAUGAAAAUGUCUCUAAAUUUAUAAAGGUCGUCAAUUCAAUUUUAAAUUCUUUUGUUGGCAUUUUUAACAAAUAGGAAGAGAAAAGGUAGCCGUCAUUGGUCAUUGUACAUUCAUGCAGCUCCAACAACUCAAUGGUAACGCAAGCCAAAGCCUCUAUGUAAUUUUGUCGUACUGUAGGUUGGGAAUUUUUAGCAUUUCUCUCUCGAUGUUUGUUUCAUAUUAGUUCUGUCAUAGUGUGCGUUGUUACAAACCUUGGAAAACGAUUAACAUGCAAAGCAGAUCUUGAAACGAUAUCUAAAGCCAUGAACACUUGCUGUUCUGUUUGUAAAUUAAAGAUUUGAGCCAAACUUUUUUUUUUUUUUUUUCCUUUGUUAUGUACAUAGCAACUUUAAUAUAUAUCACUUUUGGUGUAAGUACGUAUGUAUUGUACCUUCACCAGAUUCAAGAAAAAGUAUAUUUUUGUGGAUUACUGCCAAGUUUACAAGGCGAGAUCCUUAUUAAGUAGAGUAUUCACUGGUUAAUAUUUACUAUUUUGUUAACUAUACUGUACUUUCUUCAAAUCUGACUAUUACUGGUAAUAAUCAAAGUGUUUUUUUUUUCCAAGAAGGUCAUUUUUGGGUCGUUUACCCUUUAAUGGUGGUGAAUGUCUGUCCUUAAGAAAUUGUAACAACAGAGCUGUAUGAUUCAGGCUCAACUGUCUAUUUUGUUUUGUAAAGCGAUACUCGUCAUGCUAAGAAAAAAUAUGAUUGCAUUUCUUACAACUGUUGUGUGAGGGAUUAGCCUGCAGCUGCUGAAUACACUGCCUACUUUAACCCAUCACGGCUUAGAUGCACUAUUCAUUGAUAUCCAGUACGAGACACAUUUCUCUUUACAGACGUUUAGACAACUCGUUUUGUUGAAACCCUUUUCAAUUCAUUUCAACCAAAUUCCUCAGAAAUUGUAAAUACCAUAUCUUUAAGUAACCCUAAUUCAUUCAUACAUACAUGCAUACUAUGUACAGAACACCUUUCAAGUUAUUUUGUGAAUUGGCUCAUCUACAGAUUCCCUAAUGUAAAGGAGACACCUUAAGGAGGCAUCAGUCGCAAUGUUCUGUAUUGCUGGACAAGAGGGGGUGCUGUAGCUUUCUCCGGCGUCGCGUUUCUUGCUGUAUGUGUGCAUAUCUCCCCGUCGCGGGGCUCUUCAUGUGUGGCUGUUUGUUUGUGCGGCACAAGCGUCUGGAAACAGUGGCCUCCGGCUUGCAUCACACCUUACUGCCCCUCAGGUGGCAAAGCGUCAGGGGAUUCAGCAGCUAAAGUUGGAAAUACUAGACAAUGCAAACAAACUUGGACAUGAUAUCUCUACUGGAUUGCACAAAAAGUUUGUAUGUUCAAGUUUGCCAUCGGAGGCUUUCCUCUUCAGAUUUGUCAUGUAUUCGGUCAGUGUGCACAUCCUCCCUGCCCUCUUGAGCACCACAGCAACUGGCAAUAAGCUGAUAUUAAUCUAUGCAGUCCCCAACCCACACAUAGUCAGGAGCACAAAGCAUUCACAUCGAAAGUGGAAUUCUUAAUAAAAAAUAAAAAUAAAAUAAAUUGAGAGAAGAAAAAAAUUAAAUCAUGCAUAUUAUACUAUCACACUCCCAUUAAUCAUACAAUGUUGCCUAGUUCAUGAAUGAGAAAAUGACUGUUAACCCUUUGUCCUUAAGUGCUUGCAUAUUAAAGAGAUAGUUCACCUAAAAAUUCUGUCAUCCUUUACUCAUUCUCAAGUCAUUCUAAAUUUGUAUGACUUUUAACACAAAAGAAACUUUUUUUUCUCAAAACAACGUUGGAAUCCAGUGAGACAUCAAAGCAAAGAUGUUGAUGACCGAAUUCUCAUUUUUGGGUGAACUAUCCCUUUAACGUUGCGUAUAAAGGCACACUGACUAAAUAUGACAACCACAAGAGCCAUGCAAACACUGCUUUAGGUAUAGCUUUAGAUUUAAUCUCAGAUGUACGAGCUUUGUUGUUUCAGCUGAAUUGAAACACUCGGAAACCCAUUAGAAAGCAGUGUUGGGGAAACUUGCUUUUAAAAGUAAUGCGUUACAAUAUUGCGUUACUCCCUAAAAAGUAACUAAUUGCGUUACUUAGUUACUUUUUAUGAAAAGUAAAGUGUUACAUUACUUUUGUGUUACUUUUUCCUCACCUGGGCUUUUUGUAACAACAACAACAACAACAAAAAGUUUUUGGCAAAUGUUAUGGCCCGUUCACACCUAAAGUGAAAUGAAUAAGCCUCAGGCUGAAGGAAAUGCAAAUUUACACCUGUACAAUAGAGGGCGCAGCUCAAACAAUCCUUUCAGCUGUGCUGCCAUUCUGAAUUAAAGAAGAAUAGGAUACAGAAGGGAGUUCAACACUCUUAUUUCUAAAUCUAAUAUAAAGUAAUUUUUGCUUAUUAGUAAGGUUGAAUUAGAUCAUUAAAGGUCAGCAGCAAAGACAUUGGUUACUAAACUGAGAUUAAAUACAUAAAGUAUAUUUCUGUAAUUUAUUAUAUAGUUUAUUAUAGGCUUGUGUAAAAUUCUGAGAUUGCAUUUCACUGUUUUUGUUCAUUUUGAGGAAUACUGAAUGUUUCUGUGCAAGUGAGAUGAGUAAAUGCACGUUCACAUUUAGUCUAGAACUACAAUAACCAUCAUGUUUACACAGCGCACACAAAAUCUCUCAACAUGGGGACAGGAGAGCUGUCAGUCAAUAAAUGUGAAAAAGUAACUAUAUUUUGUAAAUUGAAAAAUAAUGUGUUACUUCAAAAAGUAAUCUGAUUACGUAACUCAAGUUACUUGUAAUGCGUUACCCCCAACACUGUUAGAAAGUUUUACGAUGUCUGUCAAAAUCAUUUAAAGUUGAUCGCAAUCAAAGCUUUUCAGGGUAGACAAGCAAUAAUGCCAGCCCAGUGUUCUGAAAGCACUGAGGAUUAAAAACAUGCAGGAUUUUCAUACUGCAGUGAAUGCACACACAAACACUCAACAUUAGUGCUUGAUUAGGAAUCAGGGAGUUUCUCUGCUACAUGCACAAUUAGAGCCUUAUUCCAAAGAGUUGCUGGUGUUCGGAAUCAAAUCUGAUAUCACUCAUCACAUUUUGACUUCAUCGAAAACAAAAUCACCCUCGCAUCAGGGGUCCCUAUAAAUGCACGUGAGAAACACAUGAGAGAUCUGAAGGGAGGAGGCCGAUCCUUUGGUGCGGAGUGCUGCGUCACAAAAUGUUGAAUGUGAAAGGAAAGGAUAAAGACGAAACAACAAUUGUUUGUUGCUUACUUUCUUCACUUUGCUGUGCAAGAGUACACUGCUUUGCUUUAUGGCUUUUCUAAAUCAGAAUUAUGUAUUUGGUAAUUGUUUGUAGUUACUAGUUCACUUCAAGAAGCUGUUUGCGGUUUGGACGCUCAAACCGUUUGGCGGCACAAGCUGGACUUUGUUGCCAUAACUGAAACAAGAUGUUUCAAAAAGGAAAAAAAAAGAAAAAGAAAAAAAAAAAAGAACAACAACAACAACAAAAAAAAGAGUAAAACAUGAGAGAGAACUUUAAGUUAAUCUGCAUUAUAUUUCCCUUGAAUGUGUUGUUUUAUCUUCAUUAUACAAUAAAUAUUCUAGUGAACUUUUUA